UAAACAAACACAACCUUUAGCAUCGCAUAACUCAUAUCCCACCGCGCAAACCACCCGGCCGCAGGAGAUGGAUGUGGCUAUUGGCACCGCAAGCGGACUCAUCGGCAGCGUGCUGCAUCAAUUGUCUGAUGAGUUCAUCCAGGCAUAUGUUGCCAGCUCUGAGCUCGGCCUCAACGCCAAGAAGAUCAAAGAUGAUCUCCUUUUCACGCAAGGGCUGCUGCAUGAAGCCCAGAGGAGGGGCUUGAGCGACAACCCCGGUCUACAGGGGCUUGUGCAGCAGCUCAGCGCCAAGGCCGACAUCGCUGAGGACGCCCUGGAUGAGCUCCACUACUUCAUCAUUCAGGAUCAGCUCGAUGGCACCAAUUAUGCCAAGCCGGAUCUGGGUGAUGGCCUCCAAGGUCAUGCUCGUCAUGGUCGCCAUGCUGUUCGCUACACUGUCGGUAACUGGCUCAAUUGCUUUUCUUGUUCGCCUUUGAAAGAUGAUGGUGCUGCUAGUACCGAUGUUACAAGCAAAUCACACAACACUAUCAAUCUUGAUAGUAGCAAUGCUGGUGCAAUUGAUAAGCUCACAUUCGAUAGAGUUGCCAUGUCCAAGAAAAUUAAGUCAGUAAUUGAGGAAAUACACUCCCUCUGUUAUCCUGUCUCCAAGUUGCUCACCAUAACUCCACACCAAAGCAACAGUACAAGUGUCGACAUUAACCGUCCUCUCGUGGGGUCAACGUCGAUGGAAAACAAAUUAUAUGGAAGGAGUGUCAUUUUUGAGCAAACUAUAAAAGAUAUCACUGCUGGCACUUAUCAUGGUGAAACACUUUAUGUUCUUCCUAUAGUCGGUCCUGGUGGUAUAGGAAAAACAACUUUAACACAACACUUGUAUAAUGAUAAAAGGACUGAAGAACACUUCACUGUUAGGGUUUGGGUAUGUGUUUCAACUGAUUUUGAUGUGCUUAAGCUCACCCAACAGAUCCAUAGUUGCAUACCUGCAGCUGAAAAGGGAGAAAUGAACAUUGCCGAUGAAACAACCAAUUUAGACCAGCUUCAGAAAUCCAUUGCAAAUAGAUUGAAGUCGAAAAGGUUUUUAAUUGUCUUGGAUGAUGUAUGGAAAUGUGAUAGUGAUUAUGAGUGGAACAGCCUAGUAGCUCCGUUCACAAAGGGAGAAGCCAAAGGCAGCAUGGUUAUUGUCACAACACGAUUUCCCAAAAUAGAACAAAGGGUCAAGAAGGCAACUAGUCCCAUAAACUUGCAAGGUUUGGAUCCGGAUGAGUUCUUCGAGUUCUUCCUAGCAUGUGUAUUUGGUGAAAGCAAACCUGAUCAGCAGUGCAAUGAAUUAAUUGAUACUGGCAAAAAGAUUUCACAGAAAUUGAAGUGUUCACCACUAGCAGCCAAAACAGUUGCUCGAUUACUGAAGAAAGACCUUUCUUGGGACCAUUGGAGGAAAGUUCUUGAAAGCAAUGAGUGGCAAAAUCAAACAAACAAAGAUGAUAUUAUGCCAGCCCUAAAAAUUAGCUACGAUUACCUUCCUUUCCACCUCAAACAAUGUUUUUCAUAUUUUUCCCUUUUCCCUGAAGAUCAUAGGUUCAAUGCUAUAUAUAUUAAUCGCUUUUGGACCGCACUAGGCAUCAUAGACUCUAGCUACAAAAAUAGGAAUUACUUAGAAGAACUAGUGGACAAUGGUUUUCUCAUGAUUGAAGUUGAUGAUUUAGAGGGUCAGUGUUAUGCAAUGCAUGACUUAUUGCAUGAGCUAUCUCGGAGUGUUUCAUCCCAAUAUUGUACCAAUAUAAGCAGUUUUAGUUUUAGUGCCAACGAGAUCUCACAAUCCAUCCGACACUUGGCUAUCACCAUAGAAGAUAGGUAUGAUGAGAAUUUUAAGCAAGAAAUGGCCAAAUUGAAGAGCAGGAUACAUAUAAGAGGUCUGCGGACUUUGAUGAUUUUUAGAGGAUACAAUGAAUGGAUCGAUGAGAUUCUAAGGGACACAUUUAGUGAAAUAGAGGGUAUCCGUGUCCUAUUUAUACCAACGGAAUCUACAGAGUCUUUGCCAAAAAAAUUCUCAAAACUUCUGCACCUUCGAUACCUAAAAAUUAUAUCACCUUAUAAGCACGUAGGUAGUUUACCUAGCACAAUACCAAGAUUUUACCACCUAAUAUUAUUAGACCUACAAGAUUGGAAGGGUAGUUCUGAUUUGCCGAAAUACUUUAGCCGUCUUGUGAAUUUACGCCAUUUCAUUGCUGGUACGGAACUCCACUCCAAUGUUCCCGAGGUUGGAAAGAUAGCGCAUCUGGAGGAGCUAAAAGAAUUCCAUGUUAAGAAAGAGGGUGUUGGGUUUGAGCUGGAAGAGCUGGGGAAAUUGAAAGAACUUGGUGGAGGACUCGCGGUAUUUAAUCUUGAAAAGGUGGCAACCAAAGGUGAAGCUAACAAAGCCAAUCUGUCUUUGAAAAAGAAUCUGAAAGGACUGGCACUAGUUUGGGGUCCAAAAGAUCCAAACUGGGUUACCGAGCCACUUGCUAUUUUGGAUGAUGAUGUUGCUGAUGGUCUUCAACCACAUGAUAAUCUGAGAGAACUUGGCAUUUUAAGACAUGGGGGUGCUGGUCCUCCCAGUUGGUUGUGCUGUGACAUACCCAUGAGAUAUUUGGAGCGUCUAGCUCUAGAGGGCGUGUCUUGGGGCAUUCUUCCACCUUUUGGGCAGUUAACAUAUCUCAAGAGACUAAGUUUGAAGAGGAAUGCCAGAGUGUGUCUUAUAGGACCUGAUUCUGGUACAGGUAGAAACCAAAGUUUCAUGCACCUGAAGGAAGUUGCCAUUUCUGACAUGCCACUUCUGGAAAGGUGGACUGUGGAGCCUAACUGCCAUCUGUUUCCAGUGCUUGAAACAAUCAAGUGCAGUGAUUGUCCUAAUCUCCUUUCACUGCCCUUUUUCCCAGAGUGCUCUGUGCCUUGUACACAAGGCAUACACUGUCCCAACCUAUAUGUACUAGAGAUUACUGAAUGCCCUGAGCUGUUCGUGUCGCCCAUCCCUCCUGCCCCUAAACUAAAACACAUUAAAAUAAAAGAUACUCAUCGGAGUGUGACAUUGGAGAGAGAGGAAAGGAAUUUGUUCGAAGAGGGGGGUUGGAAUCUAGAGGAGGAUGUGUUGAAUUUGAUUUGCUACAUCGGUGCACUAGCCAUCCACAAUAUGGGAAAUUUAAGGAAGCUUAUUUGUCGUCAUGUGUCAAUAACCUCUUUCACAGAGCUCCAAAAGGCAACUUCCCCCAGGGAGCCUCACCCUACUAGUUCUGAAUGCUCGGGCGUAAAGUCAAUCAGUUUCGCCAACAGCGAGAUGUUAACAGUGGAUGGGUUCAAUCCUCUCAUCACAUCUGUCAGCGUAAAGGAAUUAGGGAUCUGGAAUGAUGAGAAUUAUCCCGGCUCUAUAGCGGUGGAUCUGCUCUCAGAGGUGGCAAUAAGAAGCAAACAAUUGCCUGCAGGAUCCUUCCCAUUGGAGCAACUCCGAGUGCAUAGCAUCUCAGCUGUGCUUGUUACUCCAGUCUGCAGCCACCUCGCUGCUACCCUCCAUAAAUUAACUAUGUUUUGCGAUCAGCGGGUAGAAAGCUUCACAGAAGAGGAAGAGCAAGCACUUCAGCUCCUUACCUCCCUCCAAAUCCUGAUAAUUUCAGAGUGUCCAGCUCUGCCGUCACUCCCUCGAGUGUUACACACACUUUCUUCUCUCAGAGAACUAGAAGUCUUGGAUUGCCCUGAGAUCCGGUCGCUGCCUAUGGGGGGCCUCCCCACUUCACUGCAAAAGAUUAAGGUAGACUGUUGCGCUGAUGGGCUACGCAAGCAAGCCAAGAAACUAGGAAAAUCAAACCCAGAAUUACGGGUGAUUACCUAUUGAGAGUGACUAGGAACAGCUACUCUCGUUCCAACUGCAGUGUGUACAUAAGUUGUGAGUCCUUUCAGGCUUCAGCCUACUCUUCUGAUGAUGACACUUUCCUGUGCAUGCCAAAUCCAUCAGCCGUUGUUGCAGCUCUGGACCGGCAUGUCUCGUCUCGUGUUACAGGCUUACAGCGCACCGCUCUGCUGGUACUUGUUGGGUUGGAGCACUACAUGCCGUUUGCAUGUUUAGCAGCUGUAUGUGUGGUACGAAUCCAAACAUGGACCCUAGCUACGUCGAGGAACAUUGAUCCAGAUCAUGCAGGCGUCUGCAAUGCAAUGCACGACAACUUGGUUCCUCCUUCUAUUGAUCCUGCUUCCACUGCGAGUGACGCGUACAUGCAUGUGCAGUGUUCUCGUCAGACAGACCGGCCCCCAAGCCGCAGCUGGUAAUAACUCCCGCCUGCAUGUAGAACAGUACAAGUGACCCAUCUUCUUUGCUUCCGGUUGUAUAUGGCGAACCUUUUGCAGAGAAGCCGGCUGACGGUGCAUGCACUUCUCAACUUGAGGAUGAAGGCCGAGAUGUACAGCACUGUUGCGGCUGUCGUUUCGGUUGGUCGCUUGUGGUUUCAUCCCGCUCCUCGUGCUACAAGUCGCCGCAAGCUGAAGGUGGCAACAGCCUCCCACUCUGCAGUCCACAGCGUGACCACCCCCGCCAGUACUCCAUCUCCUGUCGCCUGCCGUGGACUCCUAUCUCGCCGCCUGCUUACGACACCUGCCAUGGACACCCAUUCAUCUAUGCGGCCUCCUGCCAACGUUCAUCACAUCACUCAUCAAGACUAACCAGCAGAGGCACCCCUCCGCCGUGCCUCUGAAGCUGUUUGGCUCCCUUUCCCUUUGCCUGCUCCAGUUGCGAGCUAGGGGCUGUAAACAACUGAAACCCGAGCGGAUCUUCGUCCUGUGUUACCUUUCAGAAAACUUUCCACAUGUGAAACGCGACUAGGGAAGCUAACUGUUGUAUUGUCUGGAGGACAGCUAGCCUGCAAUCGACAUAUAUUUUGCUUCAUCAGAUACAAAUACAAUCAAGAUACUUGAUUCGACUUCUUUUUUUUCUUUUUCUGUUUGGAUACCUGUCUAUUCCUUCAGGUUCAGACGUUGAGAAGAGGAACUGGGUGGUUCUGAUUAAAUCCGAAUAAUGUGUUCUGUUUGUAUGAUGCACUCUUAUAUAGCUUUAGCACUGCUUUACCUGUA